AUGGACGCGACGACGGAGAAGCGGUGGCUGACCGACGGCGAGAAAGACGGCGAGCAUAUUGCGAUCGUGAGCUACCCACGGUCUGGCAACUCGCUUAUGCGCGGUCUUCUCGAGAGCGUCACAGGCAUCUAUACGGGCUGCGACACCCAGCCCGACCGCAGCUUGAGCGUUGAGCUCCAAAACUAUGGCAUGAAGGGCGAGGGCGUCGUCGACGAGUCCGUGUGGUUCGUCAAGUCUCAUUACCCUGAACGAUCUGGCUAUAAGCCCGUGGCUGUGCACAAGGCAAUUCUUGUCGUGCGCAAUCCUUGGGACGCAAUCAACUCGUACUUCAACAUGACGUUGACCAACAGCCACAACAAGAGCGUCCACGACUCCCAAUACGAUCGCUUCGCGGAGCGCUGGGACAAGAUGAUCCAAAACGAGAUCCAAGUUUGGAUCCGGUUUCACCAGUAUUGGACAACGCGCGUCGACAUACCGAUCAUGGUCGUGCGCUACGAGGACCUCAUGGUCAAUCGGCGGGAGUCGCUACACCGAGUGUGCAAGUUCAUUCUGGGAAAAGAGCCCAAGGACUCGCUUUGGGAAACAGAGUGGGGCGAGCGAAUCACAUCCGUCAUCGCUGCAGACGACGCGGGGCCGUACAAGCCACGCAGUGGCAAAAUCGGCGCGUCCUUUCGGCAUUACUCGCCAAGCCAGUUUCAGCAUUUGUUGACAACAGCGCGGCCACUACUACGCCAAUUUGGCUAUGACACGGAGACGCAGAAUUUCCCCGAGACAAUCCCCCUACCGAACCGCCAGGUGAAGCCUGGCAAGUGUGAUGCCAAGCCGCUCGUUCUGUCGGCUGACGGCCUCGAGCUGCGCGGUCGCAACGACUCUUUCGGUCGGCUCUCGACAUGGUUUCGCAAGACGCUACUGGAUCCUGUCGUCGCAAGCGACGGCACGGAGCUGAACAUGGACGAGGUACUCGCCGCUCGGGACCGGAAGCGCCAGAAGGACGAAAUGGACGUGCUGUUGGCCAAAUAG